GUUCUAUUAUAAAGCUUUCCAACAAGAAGAGGAAUUUAUAUGUUACAAAUAUCAUGGGGGUUUCUGCUUAAUUAAGGUGCAUCAGAAGAUUGGGAAUAUGGACCUAGAGCACAGCCCGAUGACCAACAGUCUGGCAAUUGAGAAAUUUGAAUUGGAGAAGAAGGCUUUAAGAGAGAAAAGCCACAGUCACGUCAGCGCAGGAGACAGAGUCAAGAAACAGCAAAGAACACCGUAUAUAUGCCAAGGCUCCGAAUUCAAGAGUGCCAAGUCUUCCUUUGUGAAAAAGAAAACAGCAGAAAAGAAUCUUCUGGUUGAGCUAUACCAGCCUCCCAAAUUUAACGACUCUGGGCCCAACAAGCUUCCCAAUGGAGUGGACUUCUGCGACAUGGUGGGCAACGUGAUUCGGGCAGAGAAAAACACCUUCAGUGGCAAGUCUUUCUGUUCAGAGAGUGAAUUAGAGAAGUUUCUCUCUUCUCCUUCUCCCAGAACCUUGUGGCUGGAUAGCUUUUGGUGGAUGUUUCAUGAAAGGUACCAGCCAAACAAGGAGGUCCAGAACAGGCUUCUCGACAGGAUAGCCCGGCACUAUGCCUUCCUCUUGUUUCAUCAACCCAGAUCGCAUUUCGUGGAAGCACUCUUGAAAAGGUUGCCGUCACUUUUGAGCAAAGCCCUGUACACCAGCUUCUGCUGCUGCUUCCCACAGUCCUGGUUCAACACCCACGAAUUCAAGUCGGACAUCUGCGACACCAUCAACCUGUGGAUGACAGGGACAUAUCCACGCCCCCAGGGGUAUAAGAGUUGGGACUACUCGGAACUGGAUCCAGAGAGAUUCCGGAGAGAAGAAUUAAUUUUACAGAGAAAACGACUGGCAAAGGGAAGAUAUUUCUCUUUCUUCACUCCUAAGAAGACGUUCCAGGGCAGGAGAUCCCACCGCCCUCAGUCUUCUAUCACACCUUCGGCCAACGACAGAGUCUCCGCAGCCAGGCUGAAUUCAGGAGAGAACCUGCGAGCCCAGAGUGCUACGAGAGCCUCCCAGGAGGAGAGGUCUGCCAGAAGUGGAUCACAACAGCUCCAGGACCACCACGUUGGACAGCUCCGGGCUGUGCGAGUAGGUCCGACCCUGGUCUUGAGGAAAGCCACACCACUGGUCAAGAGGAUAUCAGAAGCAAGAGAAAGUGCAAAUCUGCUCACUAAAGAGUCUCACCCUGCCUGCAAAAAGCCCGAGCCGUCGGCAAACCUCUUCAACGUGUACGGGAAGAGCCCCCUGAUCGUCUACUUCAUCCACCACUACCUCACCCUGCUGCAUGCCGGCCAGGAUGUGUUGGUAGUGAGGAGGGAAAAUACCACGGUCAUCCCCACCGAGUCCACCCCGACGUACGCCGAUGUCAUCAACUUAACCCUGAAAAACAUGAAGAUGCGAAAGGAAAAACUCAGCAAGCUGAUCGAGUUUCACGUGAAGGAAUGGAAUUCUUUCAAUAGUUACCUAAAUGAACUGCAGGACAACUUCUUGAGGGAGGUGACAAACAUCGAUAAAAAAGAAGCAGAUAAAAAAAAGGCCUCUGCCUUCCUCCCACCUGCGCCCGGCUGCCGCCCCGAGGAGCCCCGGAGGAGACUCCAAGGGAGCGUUUUCAAGGAAGAUGCAUUUCUUUUAAGGAGGGAAAGAGAAGAGAAGCUGAAGUUUAACCACUCUCCUCUCUUAUUUCCAAGUCCUGAGGACCCAUAUCCCCUGGAAGUAGGAAAUCCCUACAACGCCCAAGAUAUUUCUGCUAACAGAGAGGCAGAAAUCCCCAAGAGGUCAAAAACAAUGCAGAAAAAUGAACUAGUCGUCUUCAGCCUCUCUCCUUACAGUUCAAGGGCAUCGAGCCCAAGAACGGAGAAAAUCUUUACGGGUGAAGGCUGCUGAAUUCCGUCUAGACAAGAAACGGCGAAACAGAAAACUAGUACUGUGAUUUGGGACACGUCAAUCAUUCCCAAUCCACCAGACAAAGAAUAACAUUAAAGUUCACUCCUACUGUGGGCUGAAGUCAGGA